AUGGAUAAGGAGACUGUAGACAAGGUUAGCUUGGUACUGGAAGGAUAGUAUGUUUGGGGCACAGCUUUCUUUGGAUAUUUUGAUGAACCAUAAUUUAUUUAGGCUGAUGGCAUUUUUUGGAAAGGAUUCACUUAAGAGAAUAAUUUUAUUUGUCUGACAGAUGAUUAAGGAAAAGCUUAUUCUUGGGGAUAAAAUAUCAAUGAAGAAUUAGCUUUAGGAUUGUAUCCAAGUCAUCAAUAAUAAGCUUAUCCUUAAGAAAUUCAAAUAAAUAUGGAAGAUAAAUAUGUUAAGAAAAUAGAAUGUGGAUAACACUUUUCAUUUGCUGUAUUGUCGAAUCUAUAAAAUAUUGUAAAUAAUUUAAUGCUUGCUGAGCAAAUCAACUAAUUUUCUUAGUAAAUUUAAAAAUUCUAAAGCGAUUAUCCUUCUGUUCUAAACAAGAAUUAAAUAUAAGAAAAUAAUCAAGAAAAUUAAUUUAAUUUUAAUACUAAUAAUUAUUAAUAAACUGAUUAGAUUCAAUAAAAAAGGUAAGUAUCAACAGUAGCUUUAGCCAGAAUAUUUUAUAAAUAGAUUCAUUAGAAGAAUAAAAUAAAGUUUUCGAUAGAAGCAUAAGAGCUUGCUUAAGUAAUUGCUAAAAUGGAUAACAAUAAGAAAAUUUAACAAAAGAAGAAUUUAAGAUUAAAUACCCAAGGUAAUAAUGCUUUAAUUGAAAGGUGCGAAACAGAAUAGGUUAAGCAGAUGUCAAAUAAAAACUAAGGAGUGAUCAAAUUAGAUCAAAUUUUACCAAAUUAUUUUACUAAUCACAGAGUUCUUACUGAAUCAGCAGACUUUUCUGUCAAUAAUAUCAAUAGAUUCUAAAGUAAUUAAUAAGUUAAUGUUGUAAGUUAAAGCAUCCCUGGCAAUUUCAAGCUAGAAGCUAUGCAAAAUUAAAAUAUUUUAAAUUUAAGUGAAAUUGCAUUUAAUUAAUCAGAAGUAUUGAAAGAAAACAAUUCUAAUUUAUAAAAUAAUUGUUAACUAUAAAAUGAAUAAAUGACAUGGUUAAAGGAUGUCUUUGACAAAACAUCUCAAAGCUUUUAUUAACAACAAAAACAAAUAAACAGCCAAAUUCAAUAUUCUUAAAACAAAAUUGAUCAUCUACAAUAAUAAAAUUACUCAUUUGUGGGAAAAAUCCAAGACAUUCAAUUAAAAUAUUAUUUUAUCUAAAAGAAGUUAGAACAAUCCUAAUAAGAAAACAAAUCGCUUAAAAAAUAGCUCUCAGAAGAAAAAAAUAAAAAUGUAAAAUUAUAAAUUAGAGUUGAUCACCUCACAAAAAAAAGCAAAUCAUUACAAAAGAAAAAUGAACUACUACUCCUUGAAAUAGAUAUGAACAAAAAAACCUACGAGAUGAAGUGUGAAGCUUUGCUCAAAUAAAUUUAUAAUUAUCAAAGUUUAGAAACAAUUUAAGAUAAAGGUAAUUAAUAGCAGCUUAAUUAAAUAAAUCAGCAAUAUGAAACUCUACUUGAAAAUUUCAUAACGAUUAAUGAAAAUGGAUAAAACAAUAAUGCCCUUGAUACUUCCUAUUCCUAAGUGAAAAACAUGCAGACGUUUGCUGAUCCGGUAGAUGAUAAACAAAACAUUUAAAUGAACAACUAAUUUGUAAAGUAAGAAAAUAAUUCGAAGCUUUCUAGCCAGUUUUAAAGCAGCAAAGUAUCUGUUUCACAGGAUUUUAUAAAUUUAAUCCAUAAUAACGAAUAAUAUCAAAAUAAUUAAUAUAACAUCAUUGAUAUGAAAGACCUCCAAAUUUAAAUCAACCCUUCAAGCCCUUUUUCUAAUUCAAACGCAUCAAAAAAGCUAACAAUGAAACUAAAUUAACUGAGCUUGAUUAAUAGAAAUAAUUAGCCAUAUUAAAUUAAUGAAGAUUUAUGA